UUGCUGCCUUCCAAGUUCACCCGUUCGUUCAUCCUGUCGCUCCAAUGGUGCUACCAAGAGCUUCACCGGAGGAUAACUGUGAACGUGAACCAAAUGGGCUUUGAACGCCGUCUCACUGUGGUCCAGCAACUCCUCCAUGGCCACGGGCUUCAGUCCUUCAACAACUACCUGUUAAUAGUAGAGCUGGAAAUACCGGCCCUCACCUCCACGUUCCCGGGAACGCAGCCUGGCACUUCGAAUGACAUGGCGGCGCAGCACCUCGUGCGCCAGUUCAUGGUGAAUGCCGGGCUGGCUCCACUGGUCCCGGAUGUCCAUUCUUGGGCGCCGGCCGCGAUUACUGACGUGGUCGACGAGAAGGGGUUUGGAUGGAUCAUACCUGAGUUUCGGAUUGGCGUGGACUUGGACUCGGAAUUCUCCUCUCUUGCACUGGAGAAUAAGAAGGAUGUCAUGGAGCAGAUGGCCGCCGUUCUUGGGGCAAUCCAAGUAGCGAGCUUGCCGGAAGGCGUCACCAAGUUUGGCGGCGGACUCAAAGUUCGACUCGAACGGGCACAUUGUGAGCGGACGGUCGCCGUUUAUGCAGGAUCCGGCGAAAGCCCCAUCAUUCGGGGUUGGAAGAGCAACAGUGUUGCCACUAGGAUCGGGACAUUUCUGGCUAGCUGCGGCCCCGAAACAGUCCUCACUCAAGUUGACGUACACCGAAGGAACCUGAUACACGGAGACCCCACGACGAACAACAUGCUGUUUGACAAGAAGACCAAGAAAAUCACCGCGGUUCUCGACUUUGACUUCGCCUCCGUCUCUCAUCCCUUUGAAGGAUUCAUGUCCAUGAUUUUCAGCGACAUCGGCGGCAACGUUGGCGACGAGGACACUGAUAUCACUCGGGCGAUUCUCUCAGGAGACUUCACUACGCCACGAGAAGAACUAGACGAGGAAUCUGCCAACGAGUGGAAGCUUGCCAAGACGUGGAAUACCGUGUUUCAGGACAGUGCUGUACUUACUCCGAGCCAGAUCGAGGGCAUGGACAAGGUCCGCGACCUUAUGCGGUUGCAGAGGCUCCUGUGCCCGUACCAACUAAGUAGCGUAUCUGCGCUCGAGCAACUCGAGAAUGAGAAGAAGGCCGGGCUGCGGGCGAAGGCGGAACCAGGCCUGUUGGAGUGGCUGGAGAAGCAUGGUUCCUAG